UAAAGCGAUCAGCUUCAGUGCUCCAUAAAGCUUUCUUUUGUUCAGACGCUGAAUGUGAAUAUGAUGGUGAAGGGGUCUUUUGGUUAUAUUUUGAUCAUCGUUGGGCUGAUCGUAGUAGUUGAUUACGCACGCUCCCAACAGGCCAACCUGCACACAACGCAACUGGCUGAUGAUGAGGUACAUUUUAAUAAAAGUCUGGAAGCCAUUUUGGUGCCGCGCGUUGUUGGUAGCCGUGGCCAUCAGCAGGUCCGCAACUACCUAGUUACUUCACUAAAAGCCCUUGGCUUUCAAGCGGAAGUGGAUGAGUUUAAACAAAGUGUACCAAUCUUUGGCGAGCUCACGUUUGCCAAUGUCAUCGGCUACAUCAAUCCGCAAGCGCAAAAUUUCUUGGCACUCGCCUGCCACUACGAUAGCAAGUACUUUGCGGAAGAUCCCGGAUUUGUCGGUGCCACCGAUUCGGCUGUGCCCUGUGCUAUACUCUUGAACACGGCAAAAACGCUGAACAACUAUCUGCUGCAACAAUUCCGUAAUCGUAAUGAUCUCGGCUUGAUGCUUAUCUUCUUUGACGGCGAGGAAGCCUUCAGGGACUGGACCAGUACGGAUUCGGUUUAUGGUUCACGUCACUUGGUCACAAAGCUUGCUCAAACGCGCAGCCCAACUGCAACGUCAAAGGGCCCGGGUACCCGUCGCAUUGAUCGCAUUGAGGUGCUCGUGUUACUUGAUUUGAUUGGUGCACGCAAUCCAACAUUUUCCAGCUUCUUUGAGAAUACGGACGGCUUGCAUUCUAGUCUAGUGCAGAUCGAGCAAACGUUGCGCGCUUCUGGUCAGCUGGAGGGCAACAACAAAAUGUUUCUAAAUCGUCCCGCUGGCGGAUUUACUGAUGACGAUCAUCGCCCGUUUCUGGAGGAGAAUGUGCCUGUAUUGCACUUGAUAGCGACACCUUUUCCAGCCAAUUGGCACACACCAAACGACAAUGCUGCCAAUCUCCAUUGGCCUUCAAUUCGCAACUUUAACCGAAUCUUCCGCAACUUCGUCUACGAAUAUCUGAGACGACAUAGCGUGCCCAUUGAUCUACGUUUCCAUCGUAGAUAGAAUUGCAGUUUUUAU